GUUUGAAAUGAAAUAGGAUAGCAUUCCUUUGAGAAAGGUUCAAAGGAGAGGAGAAAUAUGAAAGAUGUCUUUUUUUAUUCAUUAUUCAAAUGAUUGUCUUUAAAUUUCAACCUUUCAAGUUUGAUGGUAUCUGUCAGACAGUCGCACUUAGUCUAUGCCCACUCAUGGGGAAAUUUAAUGGCAUCGAAGCAAUAUGUUAUUCACGUAAUGUAGAAAUAGGUGGUCUUAUUAUAUUUCAACCAGCUACAUUAAUUAUGAAUCUGGUGGCUAUCUGCAUGACAGCUGUGAUGGUGUAUCAUGUAAAGACUAAAUAUACAGCCGUGGGACGAAAAGAGAUCGCAAUGUUCCUACAGUUGUAUCUGGUGACAGUAUUUUUGGAAAUGUUACUUGUGUCCAAUAUAAUCCCGACCGCCUCCAUCUUGUAUCCCUAUUUUACUGCUGCUCAUUUAGGAUUGAUGACAUCAACAUGUUGGUGUUUAUUAUUGAACGGAUUUAUUGGAUUUCAAUUUAUCGAAGAUGGGUCUAGGAUCAGUUUAUGGAUUAUGCGAAUAUCAUCAUUUGUUGUAUGCUUAUUGGUUUGGAUCAUCUCUAUUUUUACCUUUUUAAACAUUCCGCCGUUUAAUACGACGACAGCGACCAUGGUUUGGGUGAUUUAUUAUAUAGUAAAUGGUAUCAUGAUAUUCAUCUAUACGAUAUCACAAAUCAUCUUGGUCGUCUAUACAUUGGAUGAUCGAUGGCCAUUAGGGGAUAUCUUGUUUGGUAUUCUAUUUUUCACGGCUGGCUUUAUUAUCCAAUACGUAUUCUCGAUUACAUUGUGUGAAGAGGUUAAACAUUACCUGGAUGGUCUAUUCUUUGGUACCAUGUUUAAUCUACUAUCAGUCAUGAUGAUUUAUAAAUAUUGGGAUUCUAUUACCAAAGAGGACCUGGAGUUCUCUAUUGAUUCAAAACAAAGAACCUGGGAAUUGGAAACUUUACUCUUGCUUGAAAAAUAAAUAGAGGAGAGAGAUAGAUGGAUGUCAUCCCACACUAAAAAAAAAAUUUUUUUUUUUCAUGCAAAUAUAAACCUUGUAACUUUGUAUUUUCUC